AAUACAUAAUUCCGCCAUUCUUGCUCAGGCAAUAUUCUUCGUGGUAAUCUAAAACCUGGAGAGUGCAGACAGUAGACCUGCAAUUUGAGUCAUUCGAUAAACAAAAAUGGACCCUUCGAUCAUGAAACUCCUCGAAGAAGACGAGGAUGAGACGAUGCAUUCUGGGACUGAUGUGGAGGCUUUCGCGGCUGCCCUAAACAGGGAUAUUGGACGCCAUACUUCGUCUGAUUCUGACAGUAUUGCAUUGUCUCAAGGAAGUAGUCAUGUUACCAACCAGGUUCCUCCACGGUGGCAAACUCCACAGAGUCAGCAAAAUCCCAAUGGGAUACGAAAACAUGUGCCCUUAUCAGCUAAAGCAAACUUCAAGCAACAAACAUCGGGACCUGAGAAUCAGAAACAACUGUAUAGCUCCCACAAGAAGGAGAGCAUCUCUUCUUUCCAGCAAAAAUCAUGCCCGGAUAGUUUCCACCCCCCGAAAUUUGAACAAAAUGCGAUCCCUAUAUCUCAAACACAUGAUUUAGAAAUAAAUAACCACGGUUAUACCAGGACUCAAAUGUCAAAGCAUCAAGGUCAACUUGUGGGGUUAGAGACAGAAAACAGUCCGCAGGUUCCCUUGCUAGCAAUGCAUAAUCAACGAGCUGUGUCUACCAGAAAAAGUAAUCAACAACAGGUUGCUGCAGGCUGUGGUAAUCAACAGGCGACUACUGCAGAGAAUCGUGGACCGACAGUUCCUUGGAACCUUUUUCUACGUGUCUUACUGCCUCAGCUUAAUGAAUUCCAAGCUGAGCAGCUUAACACUCUACAAAUUAGAUUCAGGAAAAGUGAAAUUUCUAAGGAUGUAUUUGUUCAGCAAGUGAAAGAUAUUGUGGGGCUGAAGAUGUACUCAACCACUCUCAGUCAAUUGCAGCCACAGGCUGCUCAACAUACGCAGAAUGUACUUCGCCGACCUCCAUCACAGCCACAGGCUUCAAUUCAGCCGCAAAAUUUUCCAACGCCAUCCUCUGCAGCUCAAAUCUUGACCAAUUCAAGCAAUCAGGUAUCUGAUGAUCAUACAUUAGAGUCACACGUUGUAGAUCUCCAUGGGGCUGCAUUGAGCCACGUAUCUAAUUCGAGUUCUGUUGCUAAUCAACAGAGGGAGCAUCCUAGUUUUCCAUCGCAGAAUUUCAAUAAGCCGCAGCCGCAACCACAGGCACAGCACAUGCACUUUUCAAAAGUCUCAUUUUCAACAUCUGGCAAUGCUGGGGGCAUUCAACAUCGACAGCAUUCUAAAAUUAAUGCUAAUAUUUCUGUAUCACCUUUCAAUCAGAUAAUUCAUGACUCGCAAACGAGACCUAUUCCAGCUCAUCAAGCCGGGAACAUAUCUCAAGUAGGAAUAACUUCCGAAGGUGUUAACCCAAAGUUUGACAGGCAGAACUCUUUCAUUGACCAAAAGAGAUUACCAAAUGCAACUCUUACUCCAAUGAUAAGCAAUUCAGGGCGGCCCCAGAGUUCAGUUCACUUGCAAUCAACCUUAACUAAAGACCAGAAAACUGGGCAUGUUAAGCAGAAAGCACCGGAUCAGUCAAAUGAGAUACUCAAAUCAUAUAUUCCUGCUUCUCCAGGGUUACUUUCCUUUUCUUCAGCACAUAUUGACAAACAAGAGGCCAAAAAUGAGUUUGAAGUGCAAUCUGCUAGAGUGGGCUACACAAAUCCUGCUAGCAGGUUGUCAUCAAGUUCAGUGUCAUCCACAAUGCCAAAUCAGAUAAAAGCCAGCAAUGUGGGAAACUCCAACAUUCCUUCUGCUGCCCCAGCAACCUCUUUUAUUGGGAUUGGAAACAAUGACCAGGUUCCUGCCAAAAAGACAACAGUCGGCCAAAAGAAGCCGUUGGACGCACUUGUAUCCUCACCACCUCCAACAAGCAAAAAGCAAAAGGUAUCUGAGGCUUCUGAUAAAAGUGUUGAAGAACUCAAUGAUGUUACUGCUGUCAGUGGGGUGGAUCUCAGGGAAGAAGAGGAACAACUAUUCUCUGGCCCGAAACAAGAUAGUCGUGUAUCCGAAGCAUCUCGAUGUGUUGUGCAAGAUAAGUUAAUUCUGGAGAAAGUUCCACUUCUGCAAAGACUUUUGAAAAUCGUGUCAAAAUUUGGAUUAAAGGGCAUCGGCAGUGAUGUGGAGCAAUGCUUAUCUCUGUGUGUGGAAGAGAGAAUGCGUGGGUUGAUAGAUAACCUUAUUAGAUUGUCAAAGCAGAGGUUGGAUGUUCAGAAGCCUAGACACAAAACCAUUGUAAACUCAGAUGUUCGCCAGCAAAUUAUGCUUAUAAACCGAAAGGCUCAGGAUGAGUGGGAGAAGAAACAAGCGGAAGCAGCAAGGCUCCAAAUGCUGAAUGAGCGUGCGGCAAACCCUGUGGUUGAUGGCGAGAAGGAGAAGGACGAUCGUCGUGUAAAACCAGUAAAGGUCCCGAACAACGACGAAGAUGACAGGAUGCGCACAACGGCGGCAAAUGUUGCUGCUCGAGCUGCUCUGGGAGGAGAUGACAUGCUUAGUAAGUGGAAACUGAUGGCUGAGAAAAACAAGCAAAAGCGUGCAUUAGUAGCUGAUGCAGCAUCUGGUUCAAAGCCAGGAAAAGAUAUGGGAAGAAAGCUGAUCCCAUCAAAAUGUUUAAGAGACAGCCAGGAAGCAGAAAAAAGAGGCCAACUUCCUCUUGAUCCCACUUCGGGAGCAAGUAAAAACGGAGGAAGAAAUCAAGUUCACUUACAUUCUAAGGUGGCACGAACAAUCUCAGUUAAGGAUGUGAUUACCGCCUUAGAAAGGGAGCCUCAAAUGUCGAAAUCAACUCUUAUGUAUAGGCUAUAUGAAAAAAUAGGAAGUUAGGGAGUUCAAUGUACCAUGCCAUAUCAUUCUUAUGUAGGCUCCCAUAUUUUUGUUCUGGAGCUUUUGUAGAUAGAUAUAAAAUUACUCUUCUUUUCUUUUGGUGUUCCAUUCUCUUAUUUGAUGAAUAUAUUGUACAUUACCAGUUGAUAGUUUUAUGUUCAAUUUUGCUAGAGAGCAG